AUUAAAAGAUUGAACCAUGGGUCAGUCUUGUUUGAAAAUUAACAGCGAUAAGUUGAGAUCGUGCCUUUAGCUUUGUGCGGAAUAGACGAUCUCUUCCGACCGACCAUAGACCGUUCGACCAUAACCAAAACCAAUCGAACCGACAACGACAACGACAACGUCGACGUGCAAUAAAAUUUGUAUAUAUUAAUUUGUUGCUUUGAUACCGCCGUGUGUGCCGCUGCCGUGUGCCGUCAUACCGGCCGGGUGUUUUUAUAGAUUUUUUUUUUUUUUUUUUUUUACUAAUUAUCACAUUUAUUGAGCAAAUUAAAACAAACGUUAAAUUGAUCAUAACGCGUGCGGUAUAGAUUGAUUGCCGCAAUUUACAUACGAAAAAAGAGUGCGACAUGGCAACGCAAAUUGAUUCAAACAACUGGAAGAGAAAUGGUUCUGGUAAUUUCACCACUUCUGCCGUUGAGCCUACAAUGACGAAACAUUCAAUUUUAUCCAACGGAGACUCAAGUCCAUCCGUCAAUAAGGAUGCUGCUCUAGGCUUUGGAAAAGCAUCCGGCUUGGUGACGGCAGAUGACGCCAAAAUGCCGCCAAUAACCACAACCAUGGAUACCGAACUAGGCCGAGGCAACUGGUCCAAUCAACUGGAGUUCGUCAUGGCUUGUGUAGGCUAUGCAGUGGGCCUUGGAAAUAUUUGGAGGUUUCCGUAUCUGGUCUUUCGCAAUGGUGGAGGUGCCUUUUUGAUACCCUAUUUACUGAUGGUACUCGCUAUUGGACUGCCGAUAUUUUUUUCUGAAAUGUUUAUCGGCCAAUAUGCUGGAUUAGGACCAAUUAAAGCCUACACUAAUAUGGCUCCAAUUUUUCAGGGACUUGGCUUCUGUACGUUAGUGGUAAUCACAUUUGUCACUAUUUAUUACAUGGUGAUAAUCGCUUGGAUAAUUUUUUACUUAUUCGCCUCAUUUUGGCCGCGUCUCUUGUGGGGCUACUGUAAUAAUGAAUUCAAUACAGACAAUUGCUACAGCAGCUUGGAAGAUAAUAUCUGCAAGGCGAAUAACCAGCAUAAUGAAAUGGACAACAUUUUCUGGAAGCGUACAUGCACGAGUGUUAAGGAUAUUUGCGAGUCGAAUAAUUUGAUAGGCAUUAAUGCUACAUAUUGUUUUAAUGUGACCGCACAGGCGGAAGUUCCUGUCAGGCAAAUAAUUAAGAGGGUCCUCGCAUCCGAAGAAUAUUAUUAUCAAAACGUCCUUGCUGUUGGUGAUUCCUCUUGGUCAAAUUGGGGCUAUCCAAGAUGGCAGUUGGUACUGUGUCUUCUUCUUGGUUGGGUUAUUGCAUUUUUAUGUCUAAUUAAGGGUGUAAAAAGUGCUGGAAAAGUCAUCUAUUUUACUGCUCUAUUUCCUUAUGUUAUUUUAACCGCAUUAUUGAUUCGCGGUGUUACAUUGGAAGGAGCAAGAGAAGGAAUUCUAUUCUACGUGAAUCCAAAAUGGGAAACACUUGCCAAGGCUAGUGUUUGGGGUGAUGCUGCAUCACAAAUAUUUUACUCAUUUGGUUUGGCAUGUGGUUCGUUGGUUGCGUUUGCAUCAUACAGUCAGUUCAAUAACAACUGCCAUCGAGAUACGAUCUUUGUUUCAAUUACAAAUGUUUUUACGUGCAUUUAUGCUGGCUUUCCCGUAUUUGCAUUCCUUGGCUUUAUGGCAAAAAAUAUUGACGUACCUGUGGAUGAGGUGGUGCAGUCUGGUCCAGGAUUAGCAUUUAUAGCCUACCCGGAGGCUGUUCUGAUGAUGCCUCUGCCACAUGUUUGGUCCGUGGCAUUCUUUUUGAUGAUGUUCACAUUGGGCAUGGGAUCCCAGUUUGGUGGCAUCGAAGCUAUUUGUACGUCACUCAUUGAUCAGUGGCCGCACUUGAGGGACCAUCACUGGCGUGUCACAGCCGGAGUGUGUAUAGCUUGCUUUGUUGCCGGAAUACCAAUGGUCUGUAAUGGUGGCAUUUAUUUGUUUACUUUGAUGGAAUGGCAUACAGCUUCGUGGGCUAUUUUACUCUUGGGACUUGCUGAGGUUGUAAUUAUAUCAUGGAUUUAUGGUAUGGAAAAAGCUUUUGAUAACAUGCUCGAAAUGGGAAUAAGUCUAUGUUCAGCUAUAAGAUUUUAUUGGAGUCUUGUGUGGAAAAUUAUAACACCAAUUGCAUCAUUUGCGGUGUUUGUAUUUAUCCUCUACGACAUCAAACCAACAUCUUUCAAUGGUUACAAAUUUCCUGUAUGGGCUGAUUUGUUAGGAUGGCUAAUGGGAGCUUGUACAUUAAUUCCAUUUCCUGCAUUUGUUAUCUAUCGACUUUAUAAAGAUGGAUGGGACAAAGAAGCUUUGUUUUCAGCAACAAAAGACUGGAAACCACAAGGAAGCCAAACUGAAAAACUGCCACUAGAAUUAGAUGAAAAAAUUGCUGCAGAAGAAAAGGGAGUUUCAAAUACUGGUUUCGUUGAUGCAUAGAAUAAGACUAAAAAACUUUAAUAAAAAGUACAAAAACAAA